AUGGCUACACCAAAGCGUGAGCGGAAACCCAAUAGCCUUAUGAAUUCUGUAUUGUCUUUGAGUAGAAAAUCUAUUGAGCACAAAGAAUUAAGGGAAACUCCUCUGGAAAAUCGCGAUAUUGGUGCUAAACCGCCCAUAACAAUGCACAUUGACAAAAGAUUUGCUACUAGCUACGACAAGGAUGAGGUGAAAACCUCCCGCAAGAAAUUGUACCAUGAGAUAAAAGGCUGCCAUCUUGAAGAUCAAGUCAAGAUUGGGAUUGCGCCUCCUGCUCCCCUGCUCAAGACAUCAAGCAAUCCUCGCUAUAUUAAUGCUCGCUAUGAGGAAAACAAAAAAAGUUUCCUCAACAUCUUUGGCUAUUCCCCCAGCUUUACCUAG